GAUAAUAACGGUCACUUCACUUGUGAAGCAGCAAUUCUCGUGUUCUUCUUUUCUUGCAGGGCUCAUGCAACCUUAGUUUCUUGUUCGUCAAGGAGAUCUACUUUCUGUACGAUCCAACAUCUCACAUCUCAAUCCAAUCAUUCCGCCUUGAAAUACAGUAAUGCAAGUUGGUUUUGCAUUUUGAUACUGUCCAGACAGAGAUCUUGUACAGUACAACAUGAACGGAUGCAAUCGCGCCUCCAUCCUUCGAAAUCUGGCAAUGCCUCCUCAUGGCGUCAUGCCAGGAUCCUGUCCAUUGUGUCGUUCUUUCGACUCCCCACAGAAAUAAGAUGCAUUCAUAGAAGCCAAAGGCAUUUGCUCCGGCCACCAUCAACUAGACAUAACUCUACCACUUCGAAUUUGGCCGAGCCCAGUGAAGACAACCCUUCGCGGGAGUUUUGGGAUCAUGUCAGAAACCAGAAGAGUCCGCGAAUGAGAUAUCUGAAUAGCAAACGCUCCUUUGAACGGAGUUCCAUAGAGCUCAUCAAAACUAAAAACGAUAACACGUCUAAUUUGGACAGGUUUGAUGAGGAUAGCAGCCGCUCCAAUGGACUAGCUCCUGGCGUGAUCAAUCUUUCGCCAGUCCAUUUACAGCCCACGGAAAUUAGACCGCCAGGGUUGAGCAACAGGCUUAAAAAGGCACGACGACUUUCAAGUCUCGAGUUUCUUGGGAAAUGGCUAGAUUUGCCAGAUGACGAUGCUCGGGAAGCACUUUGGCAACACUUUAGAUCAGAGAAAUCUAAAUCAAGAGUCUCGGAAUUAGCUUUACCAACGAUCCUAUUGCAGCACAUUAGGCACUGUCCCUUAACCACAGACAUGACCCUUGCCUUGCGGAAGCGAGGCUUCAGUAUAGAUGAUCUAGUCGUAUGGACCUACAUCAUUCAAGGAAAAGAUACAGAUGAAAAGGCACAGCGAUUCCUUUCUUCGCCCUCAAGAAAGCCAACAUUUUUAUUAUUGGAAAUUCUCCGUAAAGAAAUCUUGCAUGUGGAAACUUUUAGAUCACUUCUAAGUUAUACCUGGACUCGAGUUUUCUCGCCAAAUCGUCGACAACACACAGGAGGCUCUUGGCCAGCAAUUUCCGAGUCUUUCUUUGAGGAAGAGACAGAGGAUUCAAUGUUGUUCUCUUCACCCGACAUGGAACUAACUACUUUCACACUUCUCAUCUCCCGCCUCCUCCAUCAUGCACGGCAUUUACUACCCUCGGCAGUUCUCCCCAUAUCCCAUAUGGUUCCUCCAUAUUUAUUCCAUAAUUUGAAUCGUGGGUCUACAACGGAGUCGCUAGAGCCACGUGCACAUAGCCGAUGCUCUCAUUUGCUUAACAAACUGCUUCACGCCCUGUCGCGACCAUCACAAUUUGGUCCAUUUAAAUCCAUGAUCCAUAAUUGGCAUGCGCAAAGAGUUCUAUUGCGUUUAGCAAACCAGACUAAUCCGCCCUUGAUCAUUGACAGGGGUGGUUAUCAUGCCGUACAAGUUGUGCUACUUGCAUUGCAAAAGUCCGAUGAUGAAUCAAGAUUAGCCAAGCUCCAGGCAAAGAGUUGGCCUCCCUGGAGAAUCGACCAAGAUGGUAUGGAUGCCCGAAGAUCACCAGACGAAGAUUUGAGUAGGGUUGUCUUUGCAAUAAGGCAAAUGAAGCAAGCUGGAUACAGUUCUAAUGUUAGCACUCAUGCUCAUGGUAUUCUUGGGGGGCAAGAAGAUGAUGGAACACCAACAAUCCAUACCAGGUCGUUGUCCAAAGGUCGUAUCAGAAAGUUGCGUUCUUUGCUAAGGUCGAGUCCUCUACAUCCUCGGGUUUGGAGUUCAAGGAUUACAGCAACGCGUGACGUACAGGAAGCGUGGAGCGCAUUCAAGAGUUUUCAACGUCUAGGUGGCACACCCACGUCUUCCAUUUAUCAUGCUAUGAUGGAGAAAGUUGAAGCCGAAAAUAGGAGGGCCGGUCGCUCUCGAAUGAUAGAUGUUUUACCUGGCGAAGGGAAAGAAGUUCUUCCACCGUUCAUCGACAACUUCAGUGAUUUCUAUAAAGAGGAGCUUCGGCCGCCAUCAUCCAUUGAUUUCUUGUAUGAAACGAUGAUGUCCGCUGGAGUACGGCCACAGAGUGACUGCUUAAACUUUCUUAUCAGUCAUGCUAGGGGAAUACCUGAUGGUAUAAAGUAUCUUCGUGAAAGCGGACUGCGACGCACUUUCUUCAAGUAUAUCGUUGGCCAAAAUGCCGAUCCACCAGCAAAAAUGACGCCUGCGGAAAUUCGCAUCAUUCAUGCAUUCGUCACCUUACUUUGCAGAUGUACGGAUAAACUUAUACCGCAGGCUCCUUCAUACUCCGAAAUCUCGAUGUCCAAAGAUCUGAAACGGCUUCAUGAAAAUUUCGCAGAUGUCAUCAACGAUAUUAACGCAAAUGAGACAAUGCCACGGGCGCUGCCUAGAUCUAGAAAGUCUGGCAUUAAUCCGCUGUCUCACGCACUGGAGCUUAUUCGAACCAGCCAGACAAGAUACAAGCCUACAUGGUAUGCGAUCUUCGAUGCACUUGCUAGACCUGGUAUCACAAUUGAUCCUAAUAUAGUUGGUGACCCUCAAGAUGAUAUCAAUUCCUGGAGAAUCUCUGCUGCUGUUCUGCAGGACUUCCACGACGUGGGGCUUGAACUUGAACCAAACGGCUUUCAGUUUGUUUGUCGAGGGCUGGAAAAGGCAAUAGUUGCAUCGUCCCGAAUGGACCAAAAGUUACUGUUUGCGGACGACGUUCUACUCGUAAAGGACGAAUUCGCAAAAUUAUCUUCGACAAGUUUCGAUAUUGGUAUUCCAGCUCUAGCUCAUCAUUUACAUGGCAAACUACACGGCGCUGUUUUACAUGCCUACGUCCGUGUUCUAGGACUAGCAGAGGAUUUCGAGGGCAUAAAAGCUGUAGUAGAGUGGAUGGUGCUUCAUCAUGAGCGUUUAAUUACUGAGGCUAAGUGUAGCCGCAACGGCCACGAGCUUUUGAGAAGAACGUUGGUAGCUGCGAAAGUUUUUUGCAAUGGGACAUCCUAUGAAGAAGAAGCACGCAUACUGGUGGAAGGUGCCGAGGGCUGGGCAUGGCCAACUGAUCAGGAUACUAGAACUUACGUUGAAGGGGGCCCAUCGUCAGAAUCCGGUGAGAGCUCUUUAGCGAGUGAUGGAAGCGAUGAAAAAACAUUACUCAAGGAUUUCUACUGAGAUAAGCCAUUAUUUGAAUCUAAUUGACUGUACAUUAGUAAAGCCUUGCAAUGACAAGGUUUUGGAACUAGGCUUUUUGUGUGUACGAUAUAGAAGUAGAUAGAUUACCAAUGGGUGUACGGACUGACGGCACACUGCAAGAAUCGGCCUGGCAAUGUCGCUUGAAAUAUCGAUUUAGAUAUCUUGAGCACUGUUACAAUGACUCGAUGCAGAUUGGAUGACGAAAUAAAUGUCUAAUAUCAAACAAUUAGAGAAUUAGAGAAUGCAUUUGCUACAAAUUUUGAAAGUUGAGAAUUGUCCCGUCAGUCCAUGCACCCA